AUCACAACUACACCGACGGUCACCAUAACUCCAUCACCCUCCAAUCCAAAUGGGUGCAAUGAGAAUUCUAUCGUACCUUUCAAUAUAACCAGUCCAAACUAUCCCAAGGAUUACCCUCCACUUACUCAGUGUCGUUACCAGCUGACGACUGAUGCCAAUCACAGGGUGCAACUGACAUUUGGAGCAAUUGACACUGAGAAAUGCUGCGAUAUCAUAGACGUUUAUGACUACGAUGGUACUCCAUACUAUCCCUUAUUGGAUAGGUAUGUGCAACGCUAUGAAAUGGAAAACAGAUUUGAAGUUCAGCGGACAAAUUCCGGAUGGUAA